AAAUAAAAAUGUAGUAAGAAAAACGCGGAAAAUAUACUGAAAAUCUAGGGACGGACCCUCCCUCCGUGUCCUCGUCUGUUUCUUUCUUGUUCUACAUCUACUUAUUUGUAGAAUUUAAAUUAGAGAUUUGGAUCCGAGCAGUCGAACCGACUCUCGGACUGUGCGUUUCGCGUCUCUCUCUCUCUCUCUCUCUCUCUCUCUCUUCCGGUGCCGGUGCUGUUUAUUGUCUUUGCAGAGAGAGGGAGACGAUCUAAUCCUCAUUCUUCCACUCUUCAGCUGUUGAAAAUUCUGUGAUACUGCGUUUGCUAGCAAAUUCUUUUACUGAUUAGUCAGUUUCCUGGAAUUUUGCAUCAAAAUGUUGUUGCCACCUUUUGACCUGUGAUUUUUGCGGUAGGAUCACUAUUUGUUGUUCUUUUUCUUGCUAGCAGCGGUCACGUCAUUGUUGGUUUUACUCUAAGAUGGCUGUUGUUCGCUAAAUAAAGGUACCUCUUUUUCCUUUUCUUGGUAUUCACAAUGGGCAGUUGUGCAUCCACACCAUUGCGCACGAUUAAACCAAGGAGGAAAUGCCAUCAUCAUUCUGGAAAAAAGCAUGGAAAGCGUUGUAUUUCUAUUCCUAAGGGAAUAAGGAAAAGGAAUAGUGAUGCAGGAACUCUCAUAACAGAUUUUGCUGUUAGUGAGUUUGUUCAAACAACCACCUGCAGAAGAUCUGAAAAUUCCAAUUCGACAUUCCAUCUCACUCAAAUGCAAUGGCACCAUAGUCAGGUUGAUGCUAAUGUAAUUUGCCAAGAGGAAGCAUGGUUUGACUCACUCAGUAUUCUGGAGUCUGAUUCAGAUGAUGAAUUCAGUAGUGUGUUUGGAGACAGUUUCCCUAGCAUUUCGAGUGGCCAAGUGCUUCAAUAUGAAACUUCAUCAUGCUUUGUGGAUAACAAGUUAUACAAAGAAUGCUAUGAAAGGUAUCUGAAAAUUGAUGGUGGUAAAACAGAGAAGUUACUGAGCAAAGAUGCGUUCAAGGACUCGAAUGGAUUUGCACUUAUAAAUGCCCAGGGCUAUGAACUUGCUCGCUUGGGAAAGGCUGAAGAAUUUUCAACCAAGACGAAGACAAAAUUAGACAGGUCUUAUGGAAGCUUUAACUCUUUAAAGGAGAAUAAACAUGACUUUGAAGAGAAAACCCAAGAGAACUUUAUGAAAUCUGGCUUACCUCGGCUUAUUCCUUCUUUAAGCUUUAAUGACAAGAUAAUCAAUGCAACGUGUUGUACAGCUCAAUCUCAAAAAAGGAAAUCAACAGUUAUCAGGCUUUCAUUAAAGAGGACAUCUGUUGAUGCAGAAGAGUAUAGUGCAUCAAAAAGAUUCGUGUAUCGUCCUAGGGCUGGACUCCUAAUCCCAUGUUGCAAGGAAUUGAAGCCAACUCCAGGAUGUUGGUCUGAGAUUGAACCCUCAACUUUUAAACUCCGUGGUGAUAAUUAUUUCAAAGAUAAGCGGAAAUCCCCUGCUCCAAAUUGCAGUCCUUAUAUUCCAAUUGGUGUUGAUUUAUUUGUGUGCCCAAGAAAGGUUAACCACAUUGCCCAACACCUUGACCUUCCUUCUGUCAAAGCAGAUGGGAAUCUGCCUCCGCUCUUAAUUAUCAAUAUUCAGUUGCCUACUUAUCCUGCUCCAAUGUUCCUUGGUGAUAGUGAUGGCGAGGGCUUGAGUCUUGUCCUCUAUUUCAAACUUUCUGAAAGUUUUGAGAAAGACAUCUCUCCCCAAUUUCUGGACGGCAUCAAAAGAUUGAUUGCUGAUGAUAUGGAAAAGGUUAAAGGGUUUGCAAAAGAAACCACAGUUCCUUUUAGAGAAAGGCUAAAGAUCAUGGUUGGGGUGGUUAAUCCCGAUGAUCUUGUCUCAUCUUCUACUGAAAAGAAGCUUUUACAUGCUUAUAAUGAAAAGCCAGUCCUUUCACGCCCCCAACACAAUUUUUAUCAGGGCCCAAAUUACUUUGAGGUUGACCUCGACAUUCACCGAUUCAGCUACAUAGCAAGGAAAGGACUUGAUGCCUUCCGAGAUCGUUUAGGAAAUGGAAUACUGGAUCUGGGUUUAACAAUCCAGGCACAAAAACCAGAAGAACUGCCAGAAAAAUUGCUUUGCUGUGUGAGACUGAACAAGAUUGACUUUGUUAAUCACGGCCAAAUUCCAACUAUAGUAGCAGCAGAUGAGGGUUGAUUUAACAUGCAUAUCAAAGUUUUCUAUUCAGCUUGUGGGAGGGGUUGAUUUAAAUAAAAUUUAUAUCAAAGUUUUCUACGCGGCGUCUGGGAGGAUCGUUCAAUAUGCCAGUUAUACAUGUACACAUUUAAAUUCCCUGCAAUUCCAGCCUUGCAUAAUUGAAAGGAAAAGGGAAAAGGGAAAAGGAAAAAUUUGUUUUUUCUGUAGGCAAAAAAUAAAAUGUCCUUUCACCUUUGAUGUAUAAAAAUUAUGUUAACAUUGAAAUGCUUUAUUAUUAUAUUAUGUUAUAUUGUUUCAGACCUUGUUAUCUGAAGAAAGUGCUUGGUCACUGGCAUUAUAGAUGUAGAACCAUUGAUUUUUA